AUGCGGACCCCUGGCGGGGUUGCAGCGCCGUACUCAUUCCUUUUUCCAAUCGGAUACAGCAACUCUUCUGAGUGCGGGUACUGCCGCAGCACUCGCAGUGGUCAGUCCACAAAGCGUUAUUCAUACUAUGCCAUAGCAACAUCCCUGACACCGGCCUUCUACCAAAAACUUGUCGACCGGUGCUGGAGACGCUCUGGUACCCUCUUGUACCGGCCGAAUCAGAAACAUUCGUGUUGCCCACAUUAUACGCUGCGUCUGGACUCGACCGAGUUCAAGCCCACCAAGGAUCAGCGCCAGGCCGUCAACCGAUUCAACCAUCACAUCAUCGGGGAUACUUAUGCCAGGGAAGCCGCUCGAGUACACCCACGAAGCCGAGCGGAGAAACGGAAACGGCAUAAUAUCUUCGAUCUUGUCGAAAGGAUUCACGAACCCGAAGCCGAGGCCCUCAAAUCCCCUCCAUCCCCGGAUCACCGUCUCACAGUCACAUUGGAGCCCGAUACGUUCACCGAGGAGAAAUACGCCAUCUUCGAAAACUACCAACGUAUCGUCCACCACGAACCCCCUGACAAUAUCUCCCAACAAGGGUUCAAGCGAUUUUUAUGCAACUCGCCCUUAAGUCGGGGGUCCAUGGUCGGCCCGGACGGGAAGGAGCGGCCGCUAGGGUCUUUUCAUCAGUGCUACCGGAUCGACGGGGAGUUGGUCGCUAUCGGCGUUCUCGACCUCUUACCGGACUGUGUUAGCGCGGUGUACUUCCUUUACCACGAGUCGAUCCACUGGCUGAAUCCUGGCAAGCUAGGCGCACUCCGAGAGAUUGCCCUGGCCCGUGAAGCAGGUUACCGUUGGUGGUACCCCGGGUAUUAUGUACAUAACUGUGCCAAGAUGCGGUACAAGAUUGAGUACAAGCCGCAGUAUGUUCUGGACCCGGAAGAUCUACAAUGGUAUCUACUCGACAAAAACGCCCUUGAGCGGUUUGAUAAGAGCCACUAUGUCUGCUUCUCAUCCAAGGAGGAGGAGGAGAAGGAGGGCCAACCAAAAGUCCAGGACGAUAUUAGUAAAGGGGAUGGCGUCGGACAAGGCACACACCAGACCGACAGCCAGCACCCGCCUGAAUCCUCCGUCGUCGACGCGACCGACACGCAGGCAACAGAAGAAAGCGCCGAUAAGGAUGGAGAAGGGGCUGGAGAGAAAGAGGAAGACGACGAGGCCUUCCUUUUACUCUCCAACAUGCCGGGGAUUCCAUCCCUUGCGGAUAUUCAACAGGUCAACAUGGACAAUAUGGUGAUACGAUCCGACUUCUCGGACAACCUCAUCAUCGCUUCGCAUCUCGUCAUCUGGGACACGGAAAACGUGGCGCAGUUUGGCUCGCUUAAGUCCCGCAUCGCCGAGCUGGUCGCAGCCGUUGGGCCUGACCUACGCCAAGAGAUCUGUAUCGACUUUCGGAAGAGGUCUUCCUAG